CAAUUGACCUGGAUAAACUAACUAACGAAGGAUUUCUUAGAAAUGCCUGGGGCUAUCUGAUAAGCUUUGAAGGAAGUGCAGUACUGCAAUAUCUCAUUUGACAUUCUGACACUAACGAGGAAUCACGGCUCAAACAACCUGGGCGUAAAUUAGUUUCAGUCGUUGACAACUUGACCUCUGAAGACAACUCUUAAAAAUGGAGAUCCAACCUCAGGAGCCUCAGGAGAUUCAUACCAAUGAAGGAUUUGAAAAAGAUUCACCCUCAAGUGGACCGAUCAGCAUCAACCACCCCAAGGAGGUCAAACUCUCUGACUUGGACAAAGAUCCCGAAGAGAGGGAGAAUUGGGGCAACCAAUGCGACUUCUUCUUGUCGGCCUUAGGCUAUGCCGUGGGCUUGGGCAACGUGUGGCGGUUUCCAAUGCUGGCCUAUCAAUACGGCGGAGGCGCUUUCCUAAUUCCUUACACUUUCAUGCUUAUUUUCGUUGGAUUGCCGUUGUUCUUCAUGGAGUUAGCCUUGGGCCAGUAUUCUGGGGCUGGGCCGACGAGGCUAUUCGGCCGCUUAGCGCCAGCUUUCAAAGGUCUGGGCUUCGGAAUGAUGGGAGCCACCUUUUACGUGGCCAUCUAUUACAAUGUCAUCAUUGCGUGGGCCAUCUACUAUUUGGCGGGAAGUCUGAACUUCUUCCAAGACCUGCCAUGGAACAGUUGUACCUCAGAUGCGUGCUUCGACAAUGGCACCUUGAACAACGCCCAGAACAAUUCCGUCUCGGCACCUCAAGACUACUUCAAUGUUGGUCUGUUGGGCAUGGAUUGGGACACGAGUUUCUGCAACUAUGGUAGCAUCAGAUGGCUCCUUGUGCUUUGCCUUUUCUUUGCUUGGUUCAUUGUGGGCGGAAGUCUGAUCAAGGGGGUGCAAUCCUCUGGGAAAGUGGUGUAUUUUACGGCGCUGUUCCCUUUCGUGGUACUGUUCAUCCUCUUUGUUCGAGGCAUUUUUCUCCCUGGGGCAUUGGAGGGAAUCUACUUCUAUGUCAACCCGGACUUUUCCCAACUAGCCAAUGUUCAGAUUUGGCAAGCGGCUGCAACUCAGAUAUUCUAUUCCUUAGGACCAGCCUUCGGCGGUCUCAUCACAUUAUCAAGUUACAACCGCUUCGACAACAAUUGCCAUCGAGACGCCGUUCUGAUCGCGUUCUGCAACUGUGGAACCUCCGUGUUUGCUGGAUUUGUCGUAUUUUCCAUUCUGGGCUUCAUGGCCCACAUCAAGAACCUAGCCAUUAAAGAUGUAGUAGCUGGGGGUCCUUCUUUGGCCUUUGUGGUCUUCCCCGAGGCCGUUUCGGCCAUGGCGGGAUCGCAUUUCUGGGCCCUUCUGUUCUUCGUCAUGCUCAUCACUUUGGGACUGGAUUCGAUGUUCACCUUGGUGGAAACUCUCACAACUGCGGCCAUGGACCACUUCAAGUCCCUCCGACCCUACAAAGGUCACACCGUGGCUGCCACUUGCUUGGUAGGGUUUUUCUGCGGCAUUCCCAUGUGUUUCCCGGGGGGCAUCCACCUAUUCACAUUAUUAGACAGCACCUGCGCCUCAUGGAACAUUAUCCUAUUUGCUUUGUUGGAGGUGAUUCUCAUUGCCUGGGUCUAUGGGUUCAACAACUUUUUUAACAACAUCCAAGAAAUGGGAAUGCGUAUGCCAAAUGUGGUUAGAUUGUAUUGGACCGCUUGUUGGACUGUUAUAACGCCCUUAAUCCUUCUUGCCAUCCUCAUUGGACAAUGGGUCCAGUUUAAACCAGUAGAAGGAGUGAAUAUGGACAAGUCUGCUUAUGUAUUCCCUGGAUUUUUCCAAGGUAUGGGGGUUCUCAUUGCGUGCUCGACUGUUAUCCUCUUGCCGUUGCUGACUGUCCGACAGUUUCUGAAACGGAAAUACGCCAACAAGCCCGUUGGUCGAGCCAUGUUCAAAACAACACCGAAAUGGAAGCCCAUCAAGAGUAUAGGGAACUCGUUCUCAAUUUAAGACUCAUUCAACUCAAAAAAGGCGUUUGUCCGUCCAUCCAGUUAUUAGUUCUGGGGAAUGCUUCGGAACUCUUGAAAGUCAUGAACGGCCUUGAAUGGAAUUAGAGUGGCCACAUCCCUCAUUCAACGCCCGUCGAACUCUCUAUCUAUCAAUCAAUCCUUACAUUGUUCAGCAUUAAAAUCCCAUUACUCAUCUUC